AUGACGAUGGUCAUUGAGAACCAGAACCGCCAAUACGGCGGGAUGGGCUUCGAUAACGUGUAUCAACACAACAUGCACCACAGCGCUCCGCAGUUCACCGACCCAUGGACCGCUCAAACUUCGUCCCAUUCCACUCCUCCGGUCUAUGCGACUUCCAUGGGACCCAGCCAGAUUGGCCUCAGCCAUGUUAAGCAGGAGGAAGUGAGCCGCCCACCGAUGUCUAUGCCAUACUCGAGUAUUCCCGUUUCCGCUCCCUCGAUGGUCGCCGGGAGCAACUACCCUACUGCUACUGCUUCGAGUUACCCCGGACCGGAGAUGAUGGGUUUGUCGCACGACAUGCCGCGCACUUCUUUCGAUCAAGCCCCGGCCUACACUACCGCCUCGCCCAUGACCAGCUUCGCACCCGCGAGCUACGCCCCGCUCAGCUACGCUCCGUCUAUGCACCAACACCAGGACCGUCGGAUAUCUCAUGCUGAUGCUCGCGUCGGUCAAUCGCAACCCCCUUCCGCCCCAACAUUCGGAGAUGCUCUUGAUGCCAGCCGUGGAAUGGUCGCGCUCAGCCAGGAUAUGACACCCCGCAAUAUCUACGGCCCUCGCAGCUCGCGAGGCUCGGGUGACUCUUACGGUUUCCCCUCGACACACUCAUCGGGAUCGUCGAUCUCUUCCGGCGGGAACUACCCCUACUAUUCCGCCUCUGUCGCAUCCGUGGAGUCCUCUGUGACUGAUUACAGCUCUACUACUUCGGAAUCUUACGAGAAUGGCCAUCUGUCGCGGACGCUGCCUCGCCCGUCAACCCUGUUGACGGGAAGUGCGCCUCCGGGACCCCAGUCGAUGAUGAGCCAAUUCAGCUCCAAGAUGCCGUCCAACACCCAGAAGAAGCACAAGUGCAAGGUGUGCGACAAGCGGUUUACCCGCCCUUCGUCUCUUCAGACUCAUAUGUACAGUCACACUGGUGAAAAACCAUUCGCAUGUGACGUGGAAGGCUGUGGUCGUCAUUUCUCCGUCGUCUCCAACCUGCGGCGGCACAAGAAGGUCCACAAAGGAGAAAAGGAAGGUGCUUCGGGCGAAGACGAAGAGUAA